CUUCCGAAAGGGGAGCAUUUGACGGUAACUCUCGUGCUCUGGGGGGCAGCUCACUCUCGCAAUCUCGCACCGAGCCGAGCCAUGUGCAUCUCUGGACGCGUAUUGGUGUGGCUCCAUCACCAUCAUCAUCAUCAUCGUUGGUCUUGGCCAGCUUGGCCAUCGUCGUAGUCGUCGUCGUGGUCUCCUCGUCAUAAGCCAACAACAGUCCGAGCAGGAGAGUCGUACGAGUCUUGUCUGCGUUUACUUUGGGUGAAAAAGUCUUGCAAAAUGAUCACAUCUAUCAAUGAGCCAAAGUACCGUAUCGCGUUCGGUGGUGGUUCGCUGCAGCUGUGCUGUUUGUGAUGAGUGUUGGGUGGCCUAGAGAUUUGCUGCCAAAGAAAGAAAGGGUCAAACUAUUUACGACAGUGCGCUGGAUUGGAUGCUGAAAGUUGCAUAUAGUGUGAAUCUGCUGAAGGCCGUUCGCUUGCCGUUGAAAACGUUCUCGUGACUAUGGCUGAUUCUGAACUUUGUUGGGGCUUAUAGGAAGAAGACUGUGUUUUUUUUUUGCGGAUUAGGCAUUCGGUACCCGCCUAGAAGACCAGCCUUUUCCUUAGACAUAUCUAGGCCAACAGUUCGCUCUCACGGGUCGGUCGGUGUUCCGUCGUAUCGCUUGUUCGCUCAUACGGGAACACAGCCUCGAAAAAUUCCAGUGGUACAGGGGCUCGUGUCAUUCGGUGGGUAGGAGCGCAUCGGAACGCACUUUCUUAUGAUUCCGCGUCAUAUUGGCUGAGAUUUCGACUGUAAGGUCGCAGUUGAUGGGCGCACACGACCGUGCGGCGACAGCCUUGAGUUCCAGUCCGUGAAGUGAACCCGCGUGUGCGCGCAUUCGCCAGUGUGAGUGUAUGUAAAUAUAGAGGAAACCCAGGCUUAUGAGGUUUGAAAACAAGAAGAGUGUGAAAUAUAGAAGCAUGAAUCAGGUGUUUACAAUCGUACACCAUUCCGGAUAUUCAACAUUCAACAGUUGCUAGUGUUUUUUCGCGAGUUACGAUAGAAGUGUCGUUGUCUAUCUGGUAUCUUAGUUAAAAGUGGAAUGUAACUAAAUAGUAGCAGAAUACAAAUCCUUAACCCCCAUUUGGACGCACGAUUAUUACCAGUGUGCUAGUGCGAUGUGCUCGAAGCUCUGGAAUCACUUGACUCGAAAGUAAACAUUAAACACAUUACGCCAAGCAAGAUCUCGCUAGUAGUGCUGUUAGAACACGAAGCUAAGGAGAGCGAGAGGAUAAGCAACAUCAAAACAGAUUCUGUCAUCCGGAGGAAAUCUCCCGGACCGUCUUUUGCUUGAGAUCCGCGUCGACUCAUUACACGGCGAAAAGCUGCAAAAGUAGCGGAAUUAAAUCCACGGAAGCCGUUGAGGUUGAGUUCAUUGGUUGGUUGCAUGACGGCUGUCGUCGUCGUCGUCGUCGUCGCGUUUGCACUCUCUGCGUCACUGACCGACUCAAAUGUGGGGGUGUGGUCGCCGCGGGCAAUCAACCUGCGUCAGUUCUCGUAAUGGCAAACGCGAGAUGGCCAACCGAAUCGGGUUUAAAUUGAAACUGAUUGCAAUUGAGUGUGUAAAUAUUAAUUAUUAACGUGUAGAAAUAGUCGAUGUGUUUUUCGAUAAUGUUGUUUGGAAGGAUUGCAGCAGCGUGCGUUAGUGGUUGUUCCUGAUCUUCGUCGCUGUCAUUGGCAUUUUGCGAGGAAGCAAACGGAAGCAGCAAGUGCAUGUGUUAAUUGCAUUGAAUUUAUUAUAUCGUGUGCACAGCAGAAGAAGAAGAAAAGAAAGAGAUAGAAAACGUGAGUAAAGAUUUUUUGUCGGUACCAACACGCGCCGUAAAGUGAUACAUCAGCAGUAUCGGCUUUCGGCGUGGCGGGGGAACGGUGAACGAAGCGCGCGGUGCCCAGUAAGGAGUGGGAAGUGUAUAGCUUUAAUUGAGUGAGUGCUGAGUGAUAUUAAUACAUAAAAGGGCAUCAAGUGUAUCAAGCAGAAGAGCGCACCGCCAUGGCUUCUUCGGCAACGUUGAGUGCGGAGGGAAGCGGAAAGCAACAGCAGUCCCCGCGUAACACCGGAGGCCAAGCUGUGGUCAACCCAACAGCAGUAAAGCUCGGUACGAUAGAAGUCCCGAAAGCGCUGCAGGAUGGCGAGAAAUUUCUCAAGUGGGAUGAGGAAUCCUGCACCGGCACACCGGUAACAGUGCGAGUGGACGCCAAAGGUUUCUACCUGUACUGGGUGGACCAAAACCAUGAAAUGUACUUUCUAGACAUAGCUACCAUCCGUGAUGUACGAACUGGUCCGUACGCUAAGAAGCCAAGGGACAUGAAACUCCGACAGUUGGUCACAAUGGGCUCGCAGGAUACGCUCGAAGAGAAAACCGUCACCGUUUGUCACGGUGCUGACUUUGUAAACGUGAACUUCAUCAACUUUUGCUGCACCAGAAAGGAAAUUGCAAGGUUAUGGAGCGACGAGCUCAUCCGGAUGGCAUACAAUCUGACCCAGCUGAACGGACCCGCGAUAAUGUUCCUCCAAAAAGCGUACACCAAACUUUGUCUGCAGGUCGACAAGAGCGGGAAGGUCCCCGUUAAAACCAUCAUCGAAGCGUUCGCCACCAACAAGGCCGAGCGACGGCGCGUGGAGAAGGCCCUCGACGUUUCCGGACUGCCCUCGGGGAAGGGCGACACGCUGGCGCUGUCCAAGUUUCAGUUCGAGGACUUUUUCAAUCUGUACAAAAAUCUCACCCAAAGAACCGAAGUGGAGAAAGUCUACGAUGAACUGGUUGGAACGUCGAAGCGGCGACUGAUGUCUACGUCGCAGCUAGUGGACUUUUUAAACAAAACUCAGCGGGACCCCCGGUUGAACGAAAUUCUACAUCCCUACGCAAACACGGCACGGGCCAGGGAGCUGAUCCAGGAGUACGAACCGAACAAAUUCAACGCUCAGAAGGGGCAGCUCAGCUUCGAUGGGUUUCUAAGGUACUUAAUGUCGGAGGAUAACCCAAUCAUGGCCCCGAGCAAGCUGGACUUGUGCGAUGAUAUGGAUCAACCGCUGUCACAUUACUUCAUCAACUCCUCGCACAACACCUAUCUGACGGGUCAUCAGAUUACGGGCAAAAGUUCGGUGGAAAUCUACCGGCAGAGUUUACUCGCCGGAUGCAGGUGUGUCGAAUUGGACUUCUGGAAUGGUCGCACCGAGGAGCCCAUCAUCGUGCAUGGAUAUACUUUUGUUCCAGAAAUUUGCGCCAAAAACGUACUAGAAGCAAUAGCUGAAACAGCAUUCAAAACAUCCGAAUUUCCUGUGAUACUAAGUUUCGAAAACCACUGUAACCCGAGGCAGCAGGCAAAGAUAGCUAACUACUGUCGUGAUAUUUUUGGAGAUAUGUUACUAGAUAGGCCCCUAGAUUCCCAUCCCCUCGAGCCGGCCAUGGACCUGCCCGCGCCGGCUGCACUGAAGCGCAAAAUCAUCAUUAAGAAUAAGAAAAAGCAUCACCACCAUCAUCAUCACCACAAAAAGGGCACCGUCACCGGUCCCUCGGCGGCGGCGAUAGCGGCCAAUGCAGUGAAUAGCAGCAAUAUAACCGCCACGGCCGGAACCAUCAUCGCUGGUACCGCCACCAUGGGCGCCAAUAAUAAUGUCAGCAAUAACGUAAACGCAAACACCACUUCCGCCACGCUGAUGGCAACCGCGGCGGCCGGAACGGCAACACUCAUCACCACCAGCACCGGUAAUAGUGGCAGCGGCACCGGCGCAGCCCCAGUUGGACCAGCCGGUGCAAGCUUACAACCGCAGCAGCAGCAGCAACAACAAUCACAGUCACAAAAUCAGGAGGAAAGCUUUACCGCCCUCGACAGCACUACCACCAACAGCACACCUAGCACCAACUUGAACAACGGCAUCAGCAGCAGCAACAACAACAUUAACAGCAGCACUCUCAUUGCCACUGGCACCAGUUGUACAUCACCCACCAGCAUCACCACCACCUCCACCAGCGUCGUCAGCACACCACAAGCGAUAGCAACUGGUAAUGGCGACGUGCCGCACCAUGCACCUCCAUUACAGCAAAUACGGCAGAGUUCAAAGGAAAGCACCGGUUCAUCGAUAGACGAUGACACGGAUAGUUCGAGCGAUGACGAGGAGUCGAUGCCGGGUGCACAAGCCGGACCAAUUGGAUCCACCGAGGCCGACAAAGUGCCGCAAACCAAAGAGACUGAAGCGGGUGCGGAAAUUUCCGCCCUCGUCAACUAUGUUCAACCUGUACAUUUUAGUAGUUUUGAAAAUUCCGAAAAGAAGGCACGUUACUACGAGAUGUCUUCAUUUGACGAGAAACAGGCAACCACGCUGCUGAAGGAACGACCAAUCGAGUUUGUCAACUACAACAAACAUCAGUUGUCACGUGUCUAUCCGGCAGGGACGCGCUUCGAUAGCUCCAAUUUCAUGCCACAGUUGUUCUGGAACGCCGGUUGCCAGUUGGUGGCACUGAACUACCAAACCCUGGAUCUGGCAAUGCAGCUCAAUCUCGGCCUGUUCGAGUAUAACCAUCGGUGCGGAUACCUAUUGAAGCCGGAGUUUAUGCGCAGAAAGGAUCGCCGCUUGGACCCCUUUGCCGAAAGUACCGUGGACGGUAUCAUCGCCGGUACGGUGAUUGUAACGGUGAUGUCCGGACAGUUUCUAACGGAUAAGAAAGUCGGGACCUACGUGGAGGUGGACAUGUUUGGCCUACCGGCGGAUACGGUGCGGAAAAAAUUUCGUACCAAAAUAGUGCGCGACAACGGGAUCAAUCCGAUCUACGGCGAGGAACCGUUUGUGUUUAAGAAAGUGGUACUUCCGGAACUGGCCAGUAUUCGUAUAGCUGCUUACGAGGAAGGUGGAAAACUGAUUGGACAUCGGGUGUUACCGGUCAUUGGCAUGUGUCCCGGGUAUAGGCAUCUGACGUUACGAACGGAAGUUGGCCAACCAAUAACACUGGCAACACUGUUUCUAUCGAUAGUGGUGAAAGAUUACGUCCCGGAUGGGCUGUCCGAACUGGCGGAAGCUUUGGCCAACCCAAUUAAGUAUCAAAGUGAGCUGGAUAAGCGUUCCGAACAGCUGGCGGUGCUUCAGGAAGAUAUGGAACCCGAGGAAGAGGAAGAUUCAUUUGUAAUUGUAUCUUUAGGUCCGAGAAAGGAUACGCUAAAAUCUAGUGAUAAUGCUAGUGGUAGUCCGUUACAUAGGCCCAGUGUUCAGCCUGUGUCCGCUCUGGCAGCGGCCGCAGCUUCUGGUACCGAUAGCGAUCACGAACGCGAAACUCCUCUGGAAAUGAUCUCAAAGGUUGUGGCUUUGCCGGUGGCGCAACCUUCGCUGGAACAAACUAGUCCCCUGCUGGUGAAGCAAGCAACCAUUCAGCAACAGCAACAUCCACUUCAAUCUGAAAGGCAGCAGUUGUCUUUUCAAGGAUCUGACCACGCUGAUGCUCCCAAGAUUGUGGCGGAACCGCUGGAGAAGAUUUUCGAAGACAAGCAGGUUCGAAAGAAAAGGGAUGCCCUGGAGAAGGAACUGAAAGCACUGAAGAAAAGUCACGACAAGGAGAAGAUCAAGGUGACGACGCAAAAGAGUGGCGAUCUGACUGAAGGGAUCAAGAAGAGCAAAUUUGGUAUGGGGAAUAAGUUAGUUAAACGGUUUAGCAGUAAGAACAUGGCAGAUAUGAGCAUUCGGAUACCACCCUGUGCGACGGAUGCCGAUUCAUGUGAUAAUAGUGCACAGGCGGAACGACUGAAACAGGUUUGCCGUGACCAUGCGAGCAGCUACCAAGAAGUGCUGGAGAAAUACCAUGAAGUUAUUUACAAUUUGGUUGAAGAAUUGCUCCGACAAUCACAGGAAAACCAAAUGAAGCAGCUCAAGGCGCAGCAUGAACGUGAAACUAGCGAGGUGAUGCGACAUCUACAGUUGUCCAGGAAAAACGAAGUUAAGCAACUCGCGCAGGUGCACAAAGAUAAAGACGAGCUAGAGAGAAUGAAGCGAGAGGUGGACUCAACCCUAGUGGAAAAAGGUGUAGCCGAACGUGUUCGAUUGUCUGCGAUGUACACGCGGAAGCAAGAUGAACUUCAGCGACAACAUGACACCGUGAAGCAAGGGCUAGAGGAACAUCGAGCGAAAGCCAAAGCAAUGCUCGAAAAGGAGGCAGAAUCUCAUGCGUGCAUUUCGGAAACGUUCCUGGCGCAUCUCAACACCAGCAGUAGUACAACCAGCUGUUCGUCGGUCGGAACCGCCCCCACGACGUCGAUCUCCAGUGGGAAUCUGUGCGCCAGUGCCGGCGGUUCCAUCACCAAGUCCGUUUCUUCCUCCUCGAACGCACACGAGAACAACGUUAACAAUACUCACGUACAUUUUGCGGAGUAAGCAAUCAUCGGUUCAAUCUAGUCAUUAUUAGUGUUAAAAAAAAAAAGAGUUUUCAAGUGCAAACAAUUUGCUAGUUCUGUCCGAGAGACUGAAGCGAAUCUAGGUGGAUCGAGUUUCGGGAAUUGCACAUUGGAUGAAAGGAAGGUAAUCUCUAAUUCAAACCGACUGAUAAAAUAAUUGGAAUGCGUAACGUGGAACUUGUGUAGAUUCGUGGUUGAUAUUUGGUGACGCAUUUGCUAUCUCCAGUAUUUGCGCAAUAGAGAGAAUUCCAUUUGGUUUUUAUGUUUAACUGAAAUGUUUGGCCUAAUUAAACUAAUUUGCACCUCAA